CAAAAUGAUGCUAGCUGCUGUGGGAAUUAAGCCUCUCAAAACUGAAGAUGCUGAUGCUGAGCUCGACGCAGAUCUUCUCACUAUGAACGUUGAAAAAGUUUGCCUUGGAGAGAUUCCGUCGGAUUUCAUAUCAUUCAUCUUACAGAAAGCAGGUGAUUUCUGUAUUUCGACAAAUGCUCUUGGCAGCUAUGUUUUCUCGAUCAGAUCUGAUGAACAGAAGACAUUCCAUUUGACGCUAGAAAGAAUAAGGAAGGGAUAUCGUAUACGCGGAAUGCUUUUUGCAACGGGUGCAACGAUAGGCGAAUUGAUCUAUAACAUCAGAGACUCGUCGCUCGACGUUUUAUCUGGUGUUUUAUGCUGUCGUGUUUAUCCUCGCUGUCUGGUUACAAAAGAUAUUCUUCCAAGCUUUCGCAUUUAUGAUGAAAGUUGCAUCAUCACCAAAAGAAUUGCUUUCGAAGAUAUGGAUUUUAAGUACAGUCGAGUCACAUUGUUGAUUGACAAUGAGUUUACCGAUGCUGUAUUGAAGGAAAACAAGAGGUUGAGCGAUGCAAACUGGAAAAUGCAUAUGUACGAUGAGUUGAGAGUGAGCUACCUUGCCAAAGAGUUGCAUCUGCCCGUUAGAAUCAUUAUUGGACUUAUCAAAAGCGGCAACGGAGGCAUCAUCUAUGACAACAAACCGGGAUGUGACUUUGCAAGAUUCAUGGAAGAAAACGGUGAGAAAAUGGACUGCGGGGUGAAAAUCAAGUUAUGCAGAGCCCUGGCAAGUGUCAUGUCAGGACUGCUCAAUGCAGACAUCUACUGCGGCGCAGUGAAACUAGAAAAUUUCUUUGUCCACUAUGUGGAUGCCAUGACGUGUGGGCAGAUUCAGAUCGUUUUUGCUGAGGGAAGAGAUCUCACUCCUGUCGAUCAAAUGCGUCCUGUCGAUAGCGGCGACUUCACACGAAUGGCUCCUGAAGUGACCUGGACGCGUAUAUUGACUCCCGAAGCUGGCGUAUACAGCAUGGGAAUAGUGCUGCGCGCAGUUUUGGACGCGGGAAAUAGACCGUCGCCAAAAGAUCCUAACUUUGAGCUUUUGGCUAAGGUCGAAGCCGUGAUACGCAAAUGCAUGAACUCCAGACCAUCAGAAAGACCGAGCAUACACGGGAUUUUUAUAGAGCUGGACACAAUCGCUAGUAUGGUCCAGACUACCAGAUAUCAGCAUUGGCAACCCGUAUGAAUAUCUCGUAUGCAGAAUGAUAUUGAAAAGUCCCGAAAUCGAUUACAUUAUUAUGCUAUGGGAUUUAUCACCGGUUGAGGAGUGUAUAAACGGUUUAAUGUUGUCG